AUGACCCACGGCUGUCACAUGACCCACGGCUGUCACAUGACCCACGGCUGUCACAUGACCCACGGCUGUCACAUGACCCACGGCUGUCACAUGACCCACGGCUGUCACAUGACCCACGGCUGUCACAUGACCCACGGCUGUCACAUGACCCACGGCUGUCCAAUCAGGGCUCAUGACCAGAACAAGUACUUUGACUGGCGCACAGAGUACUUUGACUGGCGCACAGAGUACUUUGACUGGCGCACAGAGUACUUUGACUGGCGCACAGAGUACUUUGACUGGCGCACAGAGUACUUUGACUGGCCCACAGAGUACUUUGACUGGCGCACAGAGUACUUUGACUGGCGCACAGAGUACUUUGACUGGCGCACAGAGUACUUUGACUGGCGCACAGAGUACUUUGACUGGCGCACAGAGUACUUUGACUGGCACAGAAGUACUUUGACUGGCGCAGAGUACUUUGACUGGCGCACAGAGUACUUUGACUGGCGCACAGAGUACUUUGACUGGCGCACAGAGUACUUUGACUGGCGCACAGAGUACUUUGACUGGCGCACAGAGUACUUUGACUGGCGCACAGAGUACUUUGACUGGCGCACAGAAUACUUUGACUGGCGCACAGAGUACUUUGACUGGCGCACAGAGUACUUUGACUGGCGCACAGAGUACUUUGACUGGCGCACAGAGUACUUUGACUGGCGCACAGAGUACUUUGACUGGCGCACAGAAUACUUUGACUGGCGCACAGAGUACUUUGACUGGCGCACAGAGUACUUUGACUGGCGCACAGAGUACUUUGACUGGCGCACAGAGUACUUUGACUGGCGCACAGAGUACUUUGACUGGCGCACAGAGUACUUUGACUGGCGCACAGAAUACUUUGACUGGCGCACAGAGUACUUUGACUGGCGCAGUGAGCAGGAUCCUGACACUGCGACACUGUCUCUGAGAGCGAGGCGGGAACCACCUAGAACCAAACCACCAUAG